UCAAAAUAUUGUUCUCUUUUUCAGGUGUACUACGAUAGGAAAGCUAAAAUUGUUCGUUAUUUAUAUACAUCGUUAUUUAGUUCAAAUCUCAUGUUUGUAAUACAAGAUUUUAACACAGGAAACUCGUAUACUGUUGACACUGAAAGAGGUAACUGUACUAUAUCCCCUAUAAGUAAUACAUCGUUUUCAACAACAAGUUUGAACAACAAACACUUCCGAAUGAGGACUGCCCAAGAACUAUUUUUCCUUGACAACACAACUUAUGCAUACACUGGGACGAAAACUAUACGGGGGAUAUUAUGCGACGUCUUCAUCUCGCGGAACACAUAUCUUCAUUUCCCAGGUUAUCCUAAGUUCAAUUCAACAUUCGAGAUGUAUUUCACACAUGACAAAUGGCUCCAUGCCAGUAAUAUGAUUGUACCAGUGCAGAUGCGAAUUUCAUCUCAUUACGCUGGAAUCAAUUGGACCUACAACUUUUAUGAUUUUACUGUAGGACAACGAUCAAAUGAAAUCUUUUCUAUAAGAUCAUGUUUUAAUCAUAAAUCACAGACAUCAUUUAAGAUUUCAUUUCCAGGUUUAUGGGACCACAGUUUGACGUCAUAUCAAAAUAUGUUAAUCUUAAAGAUAACCGAAUUAAUAUCAACGGUAGCGCACGUGCCACAACUACGUAUUCAGGACAGACAACUCAUUAUUUCAACAGAUUCGUUCUACUUCAUUGCCACAUUACUAGACAAGCCACCUUCUACGGGUUUGACGCAAUUUACGACUGACAAUGUGUCUAUGACUUCAGCUAUGACGGAACUUAAAAAUAACGUCAUUAUUGGAAACUUUUCACUGACUGUCAACAUAUCCGGACAGUUGAGAAUGAUCAAAGCAGAUUCAAUUCAAGAGAAUAUAGAUGGGAGUGAGCUAGAAACAUUAUCGUCAAAUACUUGGAUGAACAAGUUUACCGUGCAGGUCAACAAAGCCGUGCCUGGAUUUUCCGGAAUUAUAUUUACCGGUUUAUCUAUCGAUGAGUGCGCAACCCGAUGUCUGAAUGAGCUCCUUAUUAUCUGCAAUGCUUUUACAUAUUCGCUUACCUCAGGAUACUGUUCCUUGUUGAAUAUUCGUCCUAACGAAGUACCGGCCAUCAUACAAAACACAAUGAGUUCUUAUUUAUAUAUAAAAAAAUACACAGUUGACUUUGAGAUGAUCCCAGGAACUACAGUACUUUCAAGUUCGAAUACGGUUUAUCACGUUAAUUCUGUAGAAAUGUGUGCUAAGUUAUGUAUCAGUUAUAAAAGCUUCAGCUGUAAAUCUUUUGAAUUCUGUGAUAAUACAUCAACCUGUGUCCUAGGCCAUUCUCAUUUUUACGAUAUUCCAAAGUCUUACAUGAAAGAUUCAGCCAUUUGCAACCACUAUUCAAGAAAAUAUUUGUCUGAUUUCAAGCCAAUGGGUAAUCUGUAUUUAACCCCCGUAUAUGACCGUGUAAUAAGUGGUGUCAAUGUUGAACAGUGUGCUAAAUUAUGUGUCGAGGAAGAAGGACUGGAGUGUGCUAGUUUCGCUUACUGUUUCAAUACAACAGAAUGUAGACCCAGAAGAAAACGGAAUAUAAGUCAGGUUUCCUCUCUGUUAAUACCUCCCAAGUGUAACGUUUACAAUAGGGAGACAUAUCGUGACGGAACACCGUACUCGUCAAUUUCCUCCAGCACUACCAUUCCUCCGACUUCAACUGAUACCCCGAAAACUGUCUCUUCCUCCGGACCCACAACGUCUAUAAAUACUUCAACUACUACUCAGACGAAAGUACAGUCAUCUAGUACCAAACCUACCAAACCUACAUCAAAAGACGGACAAACAACUAAUAAUUAUAAAGAAGGUUUGACUGAGAAGAUUGUUUUAAAGGACUCUAGUUCAUCGCCUAUAGUUAAGAAGGGACUGUCUGCAGGCGGAGUUGUGGGCGUGGCCUUUGGUAUGCUGACAGCUGGUUUACUUAUUGCUCUUAUUGCAUUGGCUGGAAUAAAACGUAUCAAAAAGAAACAGACCAAUGAAAUGAAGUCAACUUUAACAGAACACGAGUUAGAGUAAAGCUAGUGUUGCUAAAAUUGAAUUAUUUUUCCAAAAGGUUACAAUUAUCGUUAUUUUCCACAGCCUUCAUCAUUAUAAGCUCCAGUGUAUAACAAAUUUACAUGAAAUUCUAUGCUACAUUACCACGUCUGUUUGUAGAAUAUUUGCAAUAAUUAUAAUUUGCCAUGUUUAUCUGUUAAAUUAGAUGUUCUUCUCUAUAAAAUUAUAAUUGUUAGUGUUAUGUUAACGGAUUUGUCAAUCUAUUGAAAAUGUUAUAUUAUCACAAUCAACUGUUGAAGUAUUGACAAAGUACUGUUACCAGUUCUUGGUUUUGAUCUUUUCAUGUUUAUUUUUGGUCUUUUCGUUUAUUUUAACAUUUUCGCAUUUUAUUUUUACAGAGUUGUCUAUUACCUCCCUUUGAUUAUAGAUUUGAAUUGUUAUUCAAUCAUUUGAUUUCCUGCUGUUUUUGAACCAAUUAUCGUGGUCAUGUGACAUGCUGGCCACUCUUGCACAAGUUUUCUUACUGAGCAGUUGAUUGUGUUACUUCAUACUGGAAAUUACUGUUUUUUUUAUUUUUAAUUAAUUGCCGAUAAUUUGAUUUUUUAUCUGUUUAUGUGUGUUACUGUUGCUAUAUGUAGCAUUUGUAACAUAAAAUAUCAUUUGGACGCUGCGUUGUUGUUUUGCUUUAUUCUGUAGCUUCCGAACAUAAAUUAUCAUCUGUGUGUUGCAUUAUGAUAUAUUUGCAGGAAAUUAAAUUCUUUUUUUUUAUUCUCGUAUGUAUUAUUUGAGUGAAUAACACUAGAUCACAUAUUGAUAAAAACUUGUAGCGGUUCAAAAAUGUUGUUACAUGUAAUGCAAAAUUAAAAACAAGGGAACAGAUCAUAAGUCUGAAAUGCAGAAUACUUAAAGGAUAUAGAUUGUUUUCUGUUUAUAUUUCUCAUAUAUAAAGGAAAUCAAAUUGUAAGUUUUAAUUUACCAAAUUCAUGAAUAAAAUAUAAAAUAAAUUGAAUAUUUGCUAUGAUAUAAUCUCAUAAAAUUAGGCUCGACAUUCAAACAGUCUUUUACCAAACAGACGAACUCCUUUUUAUUUUAUGAAAAUUAUUUUUUAAUAUUUAGAUGUACUGCAUGUAUCAUUGUUAUUUGAUAUUUAUUUUCAAUAUUUUUUCGUCUGUUUCACUUGAUAAAGUAUUAGAAUAAAUCUCUUACUGGUAUUGUU